AUGGCAAAACGUUCAAAGAGCCUGACAGCUUCUUCCAAGGCGGUGGACCCCACCCUCGACGCUCUUUUUGCGUCCAGUGCUGGUCCUGUCCAGGCUCCCGUCAAGUCAAGAUACUCGACUUUGGUGGAACAAAAGGCUCGGGAACCCCCCAAGCCAAGGGUGCAGCUCGAAGAACAAGACGCCGACGAUGAGGUCCUCUCUGAGAUUAGCGAGGAGCUGAGCUUCGAAGAAGAUGGCCCCUCAGAUGAGGAAGAGGAAGGGUCUGACGCUUCGGAGCCAGAGGGGGAGAGUGAAGACGAGCAAGGGGAAGAGGAAGGGGAAGAGGAAGAGGAAGAAUCUUCAAAAGAGCCCAUGAAAGAUGCGCCAGUAGAGCUCGACGACAUUAUUGAUGCGACAGAAGACAAGCCAAACAAGGAACGGAAACGAAAGAGAAAAAACGAGAACGACGAUCUGGAGGGCAAAUACCUGGACAAACUUGUUGCGGAGGAGGAAGCUGAGCGCGCCGGCAAGCGACAAAAGAAUGAUGCUCUGAAUAAGACCGAAAAGGCUGUCGCGGAGGAUAAUGAUGCCGGCAACGACAGCGACAUUCCCGUCCAUGAGACCCUCGCCAAGGACAACAAAUCGUCAGACCUUGAGAAGGCAGCGCGAACAGUCUUUCUCGCCAAUGUGUCCACAGAAGCAAUCAAUUCCAAGACCGCCAAGAAGACCCUCAUGGCCCAUCUGUCAUCCAUUUUGGAUAAAGAUGCCACUCCCCCGCAAACUAUCGAGUCACUGCGUUUCCGUUCCGUGGCUUUCGCAGGCGGCUCUCUCCCUAAGCGAGCAGCUUACAUUACCAAGAGCCUGAUGGAUGCAACGACCAAGUCCGCCAAUGCAUAUGUCGUGUACUCAACCUCGGCGGCUGCUCGCAAGGCUGCCGCAGAACUUAAUGGUACCCAGGUCCUCGAAAGGCACCUGAGAGUCGACAACGUCGCCCACCCCAGUCCCACAGAUCACCGCCGAUGUGUGUUUGUUGGCAACCUCGGGUUUGUUGAUGAUGAGACCGUCUUGAACACCAACGCGGAUGGCGACACUACGGAGAAGAAAAAGAACAAGAUCCCAUCCGAUGUCGAAGAGGGUCUUUGGCGAACUUUUAGCACUCAGGGCAAGGUUGAAAACGUCCGAGUAGUUCGAGAUUCCAAGACUCGUGAUGGCAACGAUGUCGAGGCAGCCUUACUCCUUGAUGGCAAGAAAUUUCCUCCCAUGUUACCGCGUAAGUUGCGAGUCACUCGAGCCAAGGAUCCGCGCAAGACAGCUCUCGCCCAAGAGCGAGCCAGGGGCAAGAACAUCGUUCCUAAUGGCGCCGCCAAGAGCACAAAAUACAGACACAAGGCUACACCUCAGGAGCAGUCCAUGGCUGGACGUACAAGCAAGCUUCUCGGCCGCUCGGCCGCCGUGCAGCAACGCCACAAGAAGCGACCCUCAACACAGGGUUCUUCCGAGGAUGCCCAGAACAUUCCGUCUAGUAUCAAAGGACCCGAACAGUUCGUUUUUGAAGGCCGCCGUGCUUCAUCUAAGGACGGCACACCCAAAGAUCUUAAACUUGGCAAGAAGGGCAAGGGCAAGGGCAGAUCUGGCAGGCCCCAAAACCGAGGCGCAAGGAGAGCUGCCGAGUGGAAGAAGAAGAGCUGA